AUGGGAACAAAGCUAGCAGGAAAGAUGGGCUCAGUUGAGCGUUCUGGCACCGAUAAAUAUGAAAGAGGGGGAAGUCGUAUGCAACGGAAAGCCAAAUUUACCAAAGACAAGAAGUUGAAUUCAGGUCUUAAGAAAGUAGAUCGUCAAUAUAAAGAAGCUCUUAGAUCAGCAGCAGGAACAGAUAUGUUGUUAACAGAAGAGGCUGGGUUUCUUGAAGCUGAGACUCCUAUGGAAAGAACUUUCAAAUACACCCAAGAAGAUAUUGCACAAGCUGUUGAUGUACAAACCUCCAAUAAGAAGUUUGAAUUACUGUUACCUGAGUAUGGCCCUUAUCAAAUAGAUUACUCAAGAAAUGGUAGAGGUCUUUUACUUGGAGGAAGAAAAGGUCAUGUGGCCAGUAUGGAUUGGCGUACAGGGAAAUUGGAUUGUGAGUUACAUUUGGGAGAAACUGUUCAUGCAGUUAAAUAUUUGCACAAUAAUCAAUACUUUGCUGUGGCUCAGAAGAAGUAUACAUUCAUAUACGAUCAUGAAGGUACUGAAUUGCAUCGAUUAAAACAACAUGUUGAGGCUACUCAUUUGGAUUUUCUUCCAUAUCAUUUCUUACUUGUUACGGGUGGCCAUGCUGGGUUUAUUAAGUAUCAUGAUACUUCUACAGGUACUUUAGUUCUGGAACAUCGUACCAAGUUAGGUCCUGUUCAGGCCAUGAAGCAUAAUCCUUGGAAUGCAGUAAUGCACUUGGGUCAUUCCAAUGGUACUGUAUCAUUGUGGUCACCUAGUAUGCCAACCCCAUUGGCAAAGAUCCUUUGUGCUAGAGGGCCUAUUAGAGAUUUGGCUAUUGAUAGAGAGGGGAAAUAUAUGGCAGUUGCGGGUGCUGAUAAACUGUUAAAACUUUGGGAUUUGAGAAAAUUUAAAGAAUUGGAUAGCUAUUACACUCCUACACCAGCUAGUUCGCUUGAUAUUUCAGAUACCGGUUUGCUAUCGGUAGGUUGGGGCCCUCAUGUUACUGUUUGGAAAGAUAUGUUUAAGGCCAAACAAUCUGAACCAUAUAUGAAUCACAAUAUAGCUGGAUCCAAGACAGAAAAGGUGAAAUUUGUACCAUUUGAAGAUAUUUUAGGUGUUGGACAUCAAAAGGGAUUUAAUUCACUUAUUAUUCCUGGUGCUGGUGAAGCCAACUAUGAUGCCUUGGAAUUGAAUCCAUAUGAAAGUGCGAAACAAAGACAAGAAGGUGAAGUUAGGCUGUUGCUUAACAAGUUGGCACCAGAUACUAUAUCAUUGGAUCCAAAUGUUAUCGGUAGUAUUGAUAAACGUGCAUCUAGUAUUCGGUUGAAGCCCGGUGAGAUCAAUGACUUGGCAAAGGAGAAGGAUGAGGAUGAAAAGUUGAAGCCUAGACCAGAUGUACAGAGUAAAAACAGUACCUUACGGAGAUACUUGAGAAAGAAGAGAGAUAACGUUAUAGAUCAAAGACGCUUAAGAGUUGAAAGAAACUUAAAGAUGGAAAAGGAAGCCAGACACCACAUGCACAAGCAAGCCAAUGGUGAAGAGGUUGAAGAAGAUGUAUUAGCACCUGUAUUAAAUAGAUUUAACUAA